AGCCUAGCUUGUAUAGCUCAUGCUUUACAUGCUGUCGCCAAGCAACAACGAGUUGUACAAAGUGUCGUUGCUAUGAGGUGUUUUUAAUAGGUCUUACUUUUCUAAUGAGCAAGGCAACUUUCAGGCGAUUUGCCCUCACUGGGGCUAAAAAUACACACACCAAAUUUGACUGUGUGUGUGUAGCUAACGUUAGCUAACAGUGACAGCUGCCAGGUCCUGUAACAGUAGCUUCUAGUUUGGGAAAAGUUACAGCAGAAAAAAUGGCUGAGGCAGUCGCAAAUGUGGCCCGAAGGAUCAAUGCGACCGUGGAGGAGGGGAAAGAAACUUUGGACCUGUCAAAUUGCAAGCUCAUUUCUUUCCCAGAAGGCGUAUUCAAGGUCCUGAGGAAUGUUUCACAAAAUAUCCGUCUUAUCACGUUGGCUGACAAUGAGAUGAAGGCCGUUUCCAGCAAAUUCUUUUCAACCUUCACUCAGCUGAGAGAACUUGACCUGCAAGGGAAUGUUCUCACCAAACUGCCUGACUCCGUGGAAGAAAUGCAGCAUCUGAUCAGCAUCAAUCUGGCUAAUAACAACUUUUCCAGCUUUCCUGAGAAGCUUACUGAAAUAGCCACACUAGAGAGGAUUGACCUGGAGGGAAAUAGCAUCACUGAAAUACCAGUGGAGAAGCUGUCUGCCAUGCCUGCACUGAAGUGGCUGAACAUGAAGUCAAACCCUUUGGCCACAGAUACCCAAUGUGCUCUGAAAUCUCCCCUCAAAUUUGACGUUUUGUCUACAAUGGAGUCCUAAUGCCCUAAAACAGUAUUUCACCACCUAUAGACUGCAUGCUGUGUGCCUUGAACUACUUCCAUUGGAUACUUCUGCGUGCCUGAGAGAUGACAAUACUGUAGAGAAUACUUGAAGAUAGCACAAUGUUGUACAACAAUCAAGAAAACAGAGGCAUUUAAAGAUGGCAUCCUACAGCUGGUGACCACACCCUGUGGCUCCUACUUUGUCGUCUCUGUAUGAAUUACAAAGAGCUGAAAUUUAUUUGAAUGUGAUGCAUCUUUGGACAUGAAAACAAUUCAUCUUUAUACACCAUUUGACAUGUUUUUUUUUCUCAACAGAGAUAUUUGUAAUGACUUAUUUAUUACUUUGAUAGUAUAAAGUUUUUUCAAUUUAAAAAUGAUACUGUCAACUACA